UGCCGGGUUGUUCCUGACAGGUUGUGGGCAGCGGAGAGCAGGGCCGAGCGUAUUUCCAGCCUCGAGUGAGGAGUGCGUCCACCAUGCGCACGUCUGUGUAGCCUGACACUUCCCCUCGUACUAGCAGCGUGUCUGUAGCUGGGACCUCAGCCUCCACACCCGCCUUCUGUGUCCACCUCCGACGCGGUGCCGUGCGCUUUGUGCGCGUUUGGCACGGAGACUGGGUUUCUGAGUGCGACAGCCAACCGAGGUCACUGCACCGAGGGCAGAGAAGGGCUGGGGGUCGUCUGCGCCCCACUGGGUCCUCAGCGUCCCGAGAUGGCGGCGGCGUUGAUGGACCCGGAGCAGGUGUCUGUGACCUUCAAGGAUGUGGCCCUGACAUUCACCCAGGAGGAGUGGGGACAGUUGGAUGUGGCUCAGAGGACUUUGUACCAGGAGGUGAUGCUUGAAACCUGUGAGCUUCUGGUCUCCCUUGGCUGUCCUUUGUCCCAGCCAGAGCUUAUUCACCAGAUGGAGCACAACCCAGAGGUAUGGAUGGCAAUGAAAGAGCUCUCCCAGAGCUUCUGUCCUGGUGAGAACACAAAACCUAAAGCCACAGAGCCCAACCCUUUGUUCCUGCAUGAGAAAGUCUCAUUCCGGGAACAUCUGAUAGAGGGAGCCUCAAGGGAUUCCCUGUUGGUACACUCCAGGGAUCAGGAUGGGCCAUCUGAAAUUCAGGAGGAACACUUGAGACCAGGGAUGGACACCCAGAGGGAGUGGCUCCCUGGGAAAAGGAGCCCGGAACAUGGUUGUUUAGAGACAGCUGGUGUUUGUUCAAGGAUUGUACAAGAGCAAGUCUCUGCAGAAGAUGCCAUCUGUGAUAGUGACUCUAAUGGACCAGUUACCGAUCCCGUGAUUCAUGAAGGAAGGAAUCUCUACAUAUGCAAGGAAUGUGGGAAAGUGUUUAACAAGAAUUGCUUCCUGACACGGCAUGAGCGGAUGCACAGCGGGGUGAAACCCUACAGAUGCCUAGAAUGUGGGAAAACCUUUAGUAAGAGCACACAUCUUCUUCAGCACCACAUCAUCCACACCGGGGAGAAGCCCUACAAGUGCAUGGUGUGUGGCAAGGCCUUCAACCGCAGUUCACACCUUGUACGGCACCAGCGGAUCCACACUGGGGAGAAGCCUUACAAGUGCGGUGAAUGUGGAAAGGCCUUCACCCACCGCUCUACUUUUGUCUUGCACAAGAGGAGCCACACUGGAGAAAAACCUUUUGUGUGCAAAGAGUGUGGCAAAGCCUUUCGAGAUCGGCCAGGUUUUGUAAGACACUACAUUAUUCAUACUGGAGAAAAACCCUAUGAGUGCCUUGAGUGUGGGAAGGCCUUCAACCGCCGGUCAUGCCUCACAUGGCACCAACAGAUUCACACUAGAGUGAAACCCUUUGAGUGCAACGAAUGUGGGAAAGCAUUUUGUGAAAGUGCAGACCUCAUUCAGCACUACAUCAUCCACACCGGGGAGAAGCCCUACAAGUGCAUGGAGUGUGGCAAGGCCUUCAACCGCAAGUCACACCUCAAGCAGCACCAGCGGAUCCACACUGGGGAGAAGCCGUAUGAGUGCGGUGACUGUGGAAAGGCCUUCACCCACUACUCCACUUUUGUCUUGCACAAGAGGACUCACACAGGAGAAAAACCCUAUGAGUGCAAAGAAUGUGGGAAAGCUUUCAAUGAUAGGGGCGACCUCAUCCGGCAUUUCAGCGUCCACACUGGUGAGAAGCCCUUUGAGUGCACGGAGUGUGGGAAAGCCUUCAACCGCAGGUCGCACCUCACCAGACACCAGAAGAUUCACACUGGAGAGAAGCCCUAUGAGUGCAUUGAGUGUGGGAAAGCUUUUUGCCGGAGUGCAAACCUUAUCCGACACUCCAUCAUCCACACUGGCGAGAAGCCCUAUGAGUGUAGUGAGUGCGGGAAGGCCUUCAAUCGCAGCUCAUCCCUCACUCAUCAUCAGAGGAUUCACACUGGGAGAAACCCUCCCAGCGGAACAGGGGUGGGAAGACCCUUUGCAAGUAUGCAAGCUUCAGUCAUCCCAGAGCUUGUGUUAAGGAGUGACUUUUUGAAUGUCACCACUGAGAAAAAGCUGUGGUCAGAGGAAACAUCCUACUCAGCCUCCAGCCAUCCAUACUGAAGAGAAACUGCAUUAGCAUUGCGGAUAUUGGUCAUUGAAAGGGUGCUGUUUGAAACUGGCCCAGCCUUGAAUUUGUUUCUGCCUCUCAGAAUUCAUCCAUGAGAAGGACCCAGCGGUUAUUACUGUUAUGUGCUCUUAGGGAAACCUUCGGCCGAAACUGUACUCUUGGUUCACGGUACAGUGUUCUCUCAGGGAUUUCUAUUUAUACUUUUUUUAAAAAAUUAUUUAUUCAGGAGAGAGAGCACUCAUAUUUGCUGGUUUACUUCCCAGAUGCCUGCAGUGGCUGAGCCUGGGACAAGGCCAAAGCCAGAAACCAGGAACUCAAUCAAGGUCCCCCAUGUGGGUGGCAAGAACCCAACUGCCUGAAGCUGGAGGCAGGUUUUGAACCCAGGCACUCAGAUAUGGGUUGCGGGCAUCUUAACUGCUAGGCUGAAUGCCCACCACUCUCAGGGAUUUUUAAAUGAGGAGGAAGAGACACAGAAAGGAGAAACCAAUGAAAGCAUAGCUUCAUUAGACACUUUGGCAAGCCUAUGGUGAUUUGGAAUCCCUUUUUUUAUGGAUAGAUGAGAAUGUUAUUUCAGAAACAAACAAAAGGGCCUCAUCUUUUUUUCCCCAUAUAUAUAUAUUCACUGCCACCCAGCGUCAGUACAGUUAGACAAAUGAGAGUUUGUUUAAAAAAAUGUAUUGGAAACAUUCUUUAUUUUGUUUCUACCCUUGAGCAAGAGCGUUAAGUCAUUGAGAAGUAUAGAAACUCGAGUUGUGAAAUACUUUCAUAUAUAAGGAGAUAAGAAUGUAUAUAUCAGUGGACACAUUUCAUCACACACCUAAGACUGAAUUUUAAAAGUUUCUCCAUUUUCUAAUAAACAGGCAAUUUUUAAAUUUA